UUCACCGAAAUCAGGUUUAGUAUUUUAUUUCAAGAAAAUGGCUGAGUCUGCUUCGGUUGAGGCAAAUAUUAAUGAAAGCACUCCAAAUAUUCAGCCUGUAGCUCCAGAAUCAGAAACUUCAAGUAGUAAAGAAGAAACAAGUGAUACCUUUAAUGACUUCUAUAAUGAGGUUAAAGCUAUUGAAAAGAGGGAUUCAGUUCUGACACCCAAACAACAAAUAGAUCGUCUUAACAGACCAGGGUCAACUUACUUUAAUCUAAAUCCAUUUGAUGUAUUACAGAUAGACCCUGAUACACCUCUAGCAGAUGUCAAAAAAAGAUACAGACAGAUGUCAAUUCUUGUGCAUCCUGAUAAAAAUCCAGAUGACAUAGAAAGAGCCCAGAAAUCUUUUGAUUCUUUGAAUAAAGCCUAUAAAACACUAGAAAAUGAAGAAGGUAUGAAAAGAUGUAAAGAGAUAGUGGAAGAAGCUGAAUCUAGAACUGAUGAAAUGAUGAAACAGAAGAAAAAACAACUAAAGAAAGGAGGUAAACCAACUGAUAUACCUGAGGAUGAUAGAGUUCAAUAUAAACAUGCUGUAUAUGUACAAACAUGUAAAUUGUUUGCUGAUUUAGAGAGAAUGAGGAGAGAAAAGGAAACAAGAGAAAUGCAUGAAAAAAAAAGGAAAGCUGAAGAAGAUGCAGAAGAGGAAGACAAGAGAAAAAUGCAGAAAGAAUGGGAGAAAAAUUUUGAAGCCUCAAGAACAGGUCGAGUUGACAGUUGGCGUAGUUUUAAAUCUGGUGGUAAAGUUAAAAAACCUAAAGGAUUCUUCAGACCACCCAAACCAAAAGCAGAGCAACGUUAACCUAGAUAUGCUUUUAUCAUUGACAUUGUAUUUUAUUUAUGUGUGUGUCCAGACAGAAUAGCUGUUUAAUGGUAUAAAUCAUUCGUAAGUGUGGUGAGAUACAUAUGUAUAAAAACUAGCAAUCACGUUCCUCUUUCAUGAAAUUGUAGUUACAGCAAAUUACAUUGAACUCAAAACCAAAGAUCAGAACAUUGACUUAUUAAUUCCAUCUAGAAAUAUUAAGGAAAGAAUAUUAUCUAAAUGUUCUCUGUGUAUCCUCAAAGUUUCUGCAGUUUCAACACUGAACAGAUCUGUAAAUUGUACAACUACUCAUAGACAAAUGAAGACUCAAUAAUAUGACUUAUGAACAAUCUGUUAAGAUUUGAAUGACACAUUGAGCAUCAUAAAGGAAAUUUGAUAUCUAUACAGUAUUGUUAAUGAAAUGUUAGAUAUUCAUUAAAGCAUAUUUCAUGAUGUCAUCAUUCAGAUGUUAAUCCUUGAUGUAAUAGUACCUUUGCUCUGUUUUGUACCUGUAUAUUAACUCAUUGUUUUGUUUUGUUAAUGAUAAGAAUAUACCUGUUCUCCAUUUUCUAUGUUCAAGGGAAGUUUAUUGUGAUUGAAUUUUUUAACAAUUUGAAAUAACUGAUCAUGAUUUCUCUAUCAGAACAAAUGCCUUGAAUUUCCAUUUUAAUGUUUGAUAUUGAUAUUUUAUUCCUCUAUCUUGUUCCAUUCAGUGUGUCAUGUGUUAGAAAUCUAUUUUAUCUGUAAAAUGAUGUUUGUUGAAUCAUCAGGUCAGCAUUUAUUACAGAUGUAUAUAAGUAUUUUUGUGUAUAUAUUUUUGUAAAUAAUAACAUCAUUACUUAAUGAACUUGUAUAUUAUUUAUGUAUGUACAAUUAAAAAAAGGAAUAAGAUAUUUUCCCCAGAAUUUACAUAA